AAGAUGGCGGCGCCCAUAAGUUUGUCCGUACGGUACCGCUAACAGGGACUAGUACUACGGAAGAAGUUCCGCGGCUUUGAGAAUCUUCCCCAUGGGCUCUGCAGGAAAGAUGCUGCGCGCUUCACUCCGAGAGGUUUCAGCAGCACUAAAGGAAGGCCAAGUGACCCCAACAGAGCUUUGUCAGAAGUGUAUCUCCUUAAUAAAAGCAACCAGAUUUCUUAAUGCUUAUAUCACGGUAACAGAAGACACAGCAUUAAAGCAGGCUUCGGCUUCAGAGAAAAGAUACAGACAAGGUCAGACACUGGGGGAUUUAGAUGGCAUCCCAAUUGCUGUUAAAGACAACUUCAGCUCAGCUGGUAUUGAGACAACAUGUGCCUCCAACAUGCUAAAAGGUUAUAUCCCACCUUACAAUGCAACAGUAGUUCAGAAGUUGCUGGAUCAAGGAGCUGUGCUUCUUGGAAAAACAAACCUCGAUGAAUUUGCUAUGGGCUCUGGAACUACGGAUGGUGCAUUUGGACCGGUUAGAAACCCCUGGAGUUACUCUCGGCAGUACAGAGAAAAGUGUGCGCAAAACUCCAGUGCUCGAAAUGAAGACACCAGCUGGUUGAUAACUGGAGGGAGCUCUGGAGGCAGUGCGGCUGCAGUAUCGUCUUUCACAUGCUUUGCGGCACUGGGAUCUGAUACAGGAGGAUCCACCAGAAAUCCAGCCUCUCACUGUGGAGUUGUUGGUUUGAAACCAACCUAUGGCCUGGUUUCCCGUCACGGUCUCAUUCCACUUGUCAACUCUAUGGACGUGCCCGGCAUUUUAACCAGAUGUGUUGAUGAUGCAGCCACUGUGUUGGGUGUCCUCGGAGGGCAUGAUCCAAAAGACUCAACCACACUCCAGGACCCCUUUCAUCCAUUUCAGCUCCCUAGUUCAAUAGAUGUGAAGAAUCUUUGCAUAGGAAUACCAAAAGAAUACAAUGCACCAGGAUUGUCUAAUGAAACUCUGGCAGUGUGGUCUAAGGCAGCUGACCUCUUUGAGAAAGCUGGUGCCAAAGUGAUUGAUGUGAGCCUGCCCCACACCUAUUACUCCAUUGUCUGCUACCAUGUGCUGUGUGCAGCAGAAGUAGCCUCCAACAUGGCCAGAUUCGAUGGUCUGCAGUACGGACACCGCAGCAGUGCUGACAAGUCCACUGAAGCCUUGUAUGCAGCAACACGCCGGGAAGGCUUUAACGAUGUUGUAAGGGGAAGAAUUCUAUCAGGAAACUACUUCUUGCUAAAACAGAACUAUGAGAAUUAUUUUGUCAAAGCCCAGAAAGUAAGAAGACUCAUUGCCACUGAUUUUGCAAAAGUCUUCAGUUCUGGUGUCGAUAUUUUGCUCACUCCAACCACUCUGAGCCAUCCUGUGCCAUAUGUAGAGUUCAUCAAGGAAGACAACAGAACCCGCAGCGUGCAGGAUGACAUUUUCACUCAGGCUGUGAACAUGGCUGGGCUGCCAGCUAUAAGUGUCCCUUCUGCACUCUCAGAGAAAGGCUUACCAAUUGGGCUGCAGUUUAUUGGCCGUGCUUUUCAUGAGGCACAGCUUCUCACAGUAGCCAAGUGGUUUGAAAAGCAAGCACAGUUCCCUGUCACACAACUAGAAGGGAUAAUGGAGCACCUUGACACUGUCUCUCACCAAGAAAAGUCAGCAUUUUUUUCAUGAAGUGGGACUGGAAGGUUUAUUAGCUAUACAAUGAAAAGGAUUGUGGGAAAGCCCAGAGCUCUGUGUUUUGAAGCUCUGAACAUAAUUUCUGCAUGGAUGAUAUUCGUCUGAUUCAAGAAGCAAGCAUGUUAAAAUGGAAUACAAGCUCAAACCAUCUGAAGUGUUUUUUUUAAAAUGCAAUUAAAUUGUCAUGAGGUUUGGAACUAUA